AUGCACCGCGCUACGCCACGACGAUUACCGCUGCAGUUGCUACACGGGCAGGCUAGGCAGACGGCAACAGUGACCAAGCUGUCAGGUGUGUCUCGCUGUCUGUCUACGGCCGCACCGAGGACUGGGAUCUUCUCAGUUGCUGGAUCACGGGGCUCGUCCCCGUCACCCAAACAGGACCCGCCUGCUCCCUCCCGAAAGUCGGUGCACUCCAUGAGCCUCACACUAUCGGCGGAAUCGGUGUGGGAAACGGUGCCACACUGGUGCGAGCUGUGCUCUGAGCCCGUCAAUAGCUGGCACAGCCACAUGGGCAAGCGCGACCACAUGUGUCUCGAGAUGAUCCUGAACACCAUGGUCAGCAGCAAAGGACUCUGGGAGCCGGACAAGGUGUGGGACAGCAUUGAGCUGUUUAGAGGUCACUACACAAAGCGCCCACGCGGACAGCCACGAACGCCCUCGCCGACUGUACAACGCCUGCUGAAGGAGGGCCUCUACGUGCCGAGCCCUGAUCACCCGCUCAGCAUCUUCUACGAUGCCUUCGACCGGGGCGACCCAUACGCGCGACGAGAGGAGCUGCAUCUGCUCCUCUUGUACUUGAACGAGUGUGGGAUGCUCUGUCUCACCCCCGAUCUGUUCCCUCCAGCGGUCUUUCAAGGACACUUACUCUUGCACAGCGAGGUAGUGCCGGUUCUGACGCGCAUCUUCCCCGACGGGGAGGUGCGCGGUAUCUCGGCGUUGUUGCAGAUGAUAACCUGCACCUAUGGACUGGCAGCAGCCUAUGAAAUGUGUGGGAUGGAGCGCUUGGUGCCGGUCUCCUUGCUGCAGCACCGAGGAGUGAACCCAGAGCUAAUGUCUGCCUUGUCGUCCGUAGAAGAGUUCGACAGUUUUGCGGCAAGUGAUGAUGCAACAGGUGGCAUCGGAGGCGAAGAGGCUCUGGGAGAAAGCGCGGAAGGUGAGACUAUCGAUUCACCCUUAUCGACGGACCAAUCCAUGGCAAUGCGCUCCCUGAGCGCCGCCAUGCCCCGUGCCAUCCUCGGCUCCCUCCGCUGGGCCCUCGCUCCAGAGGACGCGAGUCCCCCGCCGGCCAUCUUUCAGGACCACAAGCGCAACGCCUACUUGACCACCUUGGCAGCGCGCGCGGCACGCCUGCUGAUGUCCGAGCUGAUCUUCGAGCGCAUCUCUGAAUACGUACAUCGCUUAGAGUGGUUUCUGCGGACAGACAUCGGGCGGGAGUGGCUGCACAGUCACCACGAUGGCCAUCGAGAGGCAGACGCGGGCAGCAGUCGCGCGGCCUCGCCGCGCUGGCUGCGCACUCAGUGCAUCACCCCUUCAUUGUCGAACGAGGGCAAUGUUGCCUAUACAAAUGGUGGGCUCGUCGCCCAUGGGCUUAACGGCACCGCAGCAUCUGAGUGUACCGUUCAGAUGCACGACGCGGCUCGUAAAGCGCGCAUGCACGGUCGCCGCGGAUUGCCCAGGGCGCCAGCCAACUCCCCUUUGGCUCGCAGUGUACGGUCUCUGUGA